CCCCUUGUCUCUUGAAGCUCGUCUUUUUUAAUUCAUUAUUCCAUUUUUCGAAAUAUAUCACAAUGUCGAACCAACACACUCAGAAAACUUACACCCUCAACACCGGCGCCAAGAUCCCCGCCAUCGGUCUGGGAACAUGGCAGUCCAAGCCCAAUGAGGUCCGCGAGGCCGUCAAGAACGCCCUUCUCGCCGGCUACCGCCACAUUGACACUGCCCUGGCUUACGGCAACGAGGCCGAGGUCGGUGCCGGUAUCAAGGACUCCGGCGUGCCCCGCGACCAGAUCUGGCUCACCACCAAGCUGGACAACCCCUGGCACAAGCGCGUGACUGAGGGCAUUGAUUCCUCUCUCAAGGACCUCGACACCGAUUACGUCGACCUCUACUUGGUUCACUGGCCCAGCUCCACUGACCCCAAUGACUUGUCUAAGCACCUUCCCGACUGGGACUUCAUCAAGACCUGGCAAGAAGUGCAGAAGCUGCCUGCCACUGGCAAGGUCCGCAACAUCGGUGUCUCCAACUUCGGCAUCAAGAACCUCGAGAAGCUCCUGAAUGACCCCAGCUGCAAGAUCGUGCCCGCUGUCAACCAGAUUGAGCUGCACCCCAACAACCCCUCCCCCAAGCUGGUCGCCUACAACACCUCCAAGGGCAUCCACUCCACCGGUUACUCCUGCCUGGGCUCAACCAACUCUCCCUUGUACAAGGACCCCACCCUCCUGCAGAUCGCGGAGAAGAAGGGCAAGACUCCCCAGCAGGUGCUCCUGGUUUGGGGUAUCCAGAAGGGCUGGAGUGUCAUUCCCAAGUCCGUCAGCAAGUCUCGCAUUGAGGGCAACUUUGAUAUUAACGGCUGGGAGUUGACUGCCGAUGAGGUCAGCCAGCUUGACAACCUUAAGGACCGCUUCAAGGUCUGUGGUGACUCAUGGCUCCCCAUCAAGGUGUUCUUUGGCGAUGACGAGUAAAUAUAUCGAAAAUGAUGAAUGUUUUAUGAGUACAUAGGCUUUAGAUACCAAAAGAAUGAUUUUGCCAUGACAACAAUAA